AGGUACUAUAAAGAUGCUAUUUGAAGAGGGGGGAAGAAUAGCUGCUCAGGUGAAUGAUGAAGAUAUCAACUUCUUCCCUUGUUGAAAGUUACCAUAAGGCUCUUGAUGUUGCUUUAGAAACAAACGGAACCACUUUGCCUUAGAAUUCUGUUUUCUAUAGAAUAACUGAAAAUUGAGAAUGUAAUACUCCCAAGUAAUUACAGAGCACAGAUUAAAGUUUUGGACUCAUGCAACAUAUGGUGUUUGUAUAUGAUUGGUGACCACACCCUGCUCUGGAUCAUGGAAUAUAAGAAUAACAUCACAGAAUUUAUUCUUUUAGGACUUUCUCAGAAAAAGGAAAUAGGCAUUCUCUGCUUUUUACUGUUUUUACUUUGUUACAUUGCAAUUUUGAGUGGAAACCUGCGAAUCAUGAUCUCCAUCAGCUGUAGUCAGCUCAUUAACCAGCCCAUGUAUUUCUUCCUGAGCUACCUGUCACUCUCAGAUCUUUGCUACACCUCCACUGUUACCCCCAAGCUCAUCAUGGACUCGCUAUUGACCAGGAAGUCCAUUUCCUAUACUGGAUGCAUGACACAGCUCUUUUCCAUGCACUUCUUUGGGGGCAUCGAGGUCUUCAUCCUCACAGGGAUGGCCUAUGAUCGCUAUGUGGCCAUCUGCAAGUCCUUGCACUACACAGUCAUCAUGAGCAGGCAGAAGUGUGAUGCCAUGAUUGCUGCCUCCUGUGCUGGGGGAUUCCUGCAUUCCUUUGGUCAGUUUCUCCUGGCUAUCUUCUUACCCUACUGUGGCCCCAAUGAAAUAGAUCACUACUUCUGUGAUGUGUAUCCUUUGCUGAAAUUGGCCUGCACUGACACAAGGAAGAUUGGUUUCUUGGUCAUCGCCAAUUCUGGACUGAUGGGCACAGUGAUUUUUGUGGUCUUGCUGAUAUCUUAUGCUGUGAUCUUAUCUACUGUCAGGUCUUACUCUAUAGAGAAUUGCCGCAAAGCCCUCUCUACCUGCAGUUCACAUAUCACUGUGGUUGUCCUGUUUUUUGCUCCUUUACUGUUUAUCUAUAUUCGACCAGCAACUACUUUACCAGAAGACAAAGUAUUUGCCCUCUUUUACACUAUCAUUGCCCCCAUGCUAAAUCCUCUGAUUUACACACUAAGAAACAUGGAGAUGAAGAAUGCCAUAAAAAAAGUAUGGGGCAGUAUCCUGAGAAGUAAAGGAAAUAGACUGAGAGACUUCCCUGCAUUUCACCACCCAACUUCUUGAAGAUGUUAUUGCUACCUUGAAACCUUUAAAAUGCAUAAAGUUUGGCUAUCUGUCAUCUACAUAGCAAGCUUAUGUGUAGGUCGCUAUUUCAGAAAAUGUUUAUGGUUCUCUGGAUGUAUGUAGGACUCAUCUCUGCUGUACUUUUUUUUUUUACAGGGUUUUUUGUACAUAUUGCCUCUCUUCUGUUUAAUCUGGUGGUUGUGUGAUUAACGUUGCUAUUUGGCAACAGAGUAGACAAGUCAGUUUGCAACCCAAAUGAACACUGAUGAUACUUAUCAUCCAGUAUUAUGGAUGACUGUAUUCAAUGAAGCCAGUUUCAGACUCCAAAAGUAAUUUAAAAGUAACCCACAUUCAUACUUUCACUCUCUCAUACUCAGAGAAUAUUCUCAAAGAUCUGGGACACAACAAUAUAUCCCAAAACACUCAUCUUUUACUCUUAUAACCAGCAACAUUCUUGAGAUUCUCAUGUUUGCCAAGACCAAAGUUUUUUCAAAAGACACCAAGAAAACUCCAUGUUUUGUUCUAAGGCACUUCCUCUCCUAACUCUGUUCAUAUUUAGGUCAAUUGCACCUUUCUGGCCAAUUCUAGUACCAUGUAUUGGUACCAAUGCAUUGUUUGAGUGCUCAUGUUCUGGAUGCAGAUCUGAUUACUAACCAUGGACAAAGUGGUCAACAUGAUCUUAUAUAACUCAGAGGUAUAAUAAUGGCACAACACCUACCAUCUUGUGAAGGAUUGGCAUGUGAAGUGUUAAAGUACUGCCUAUAACAUAGAACUUGCUUUGUACUCAUAAUUUAUUUUAUUUCUCCAUGCUGUGCUAUGAUCAGAAAAGUUACAGUUAGAUUAUGGCCUUCCUCAGCAAAAACAGGAGCAUGUGCAUGAAAAAAAAAAAUUAAAGAACACUCAUGUUUUCACUAGGUUUCUACAACAAGUGAAAUUAGAAGUUUUCUCUUGAAGUGGCAUGCAGAAAAUAUCACUUGAACUAGAUGGGUGCAGUAUUGGGUUUUGUUUUUGCCAUGGUAAAAGUAAAAUGCUUUGCUUAGGACAAUUGAACAUCACCUGAAGCAAAUUGAUCUAAUAUAAGAGAUUAUUCAAAGUUGAUUGGGAUUGUGGAGGAAAGAAGUUUUUACAAAAUUUCAUAAUAUUUAAUUAAUUGCCAGAAAUUUAUUUUCAGGCAAAAACAGAAGGAACACUAAAUAAAAUGGCAUUUGUUAAGAGUUGCUAAGAUGGCUGAAGCAUACAAAAAGGAAAACACAUACAAUCUUGAGACUCCUGAAUAGGCCAGAGCAGCACACAAGGCAAAGACCAGCUUCACUGCUCAAAAGGGGAGAAUCUCGUUCUGAUGUACAAUAAUCAUUUUGCCUCUCUUUAUGAAGUUGUAACUUUAUUAUUACAAA